GGGUAAAGGUGCACUGCUUUGUGCUGCACUAACUGUAAUUAGACUGUUGCCCUCACUGUGCCAACCAGGCGAGUGCACCUGGAAGCUUUAUUCAUUUAGGUUUUCGUCCAAUAUGUCCAUCGUUCGGAAAAACUGGUCGGCUUUAUCCAGCCUAACGCGCCAGUGGACUGUGGAGGAUGAGGAAGAGGUGGAGAGGGAGAAGAGGAGGAGGGUGAAGAGCUCAGUUGGUGACCCUGAUGAUGACCUGAGUCAAACACGCAGAGAAACGCCAGCCAACGACAGCCCCUUUGGGACAGACUCCACAAGUGACAUGUCCCAGGGCCUCAGCAGUGUGGAGGAGCUCCAGCUCGACUUUGUAGAGAUGCUACAUGCCCGUGAUGAAAAGCGGAGGAUGAGGCACAUGGAGGCACUGAGACGACAGAAGGAAGAAGGGGAAAAUGAAGCAGAGGGUAGCAUAGGAGGAGGAGGAGCCAGGGUGGAGCUACUGGGCGACUUGGAUGAGGAGCAAGGCAGUGUGUUGCCCUUUGUGAAAGCCACAUCUGAACCACAACCACCAACAACAGCCUCUUACAGUCACAGCAGCAGCAGCUCCAGCACCAACAAUAUAAACAAACAACAUGAAAACAGAGAGUUGCCGAGCAAAGACCCUGAUCCCAGGUCGCCCUCCAACCCGGCUCGCAAGUUUGUCAGUUCUGUUUCCAUCUCACUUGACAAGAGUCCCACUGUCAGUGGGAGCACAACUCCCAUGAGCCCUUGCUCUCCGACGGCCCCCUUGUCACCUCGAGAAAACUGGUCCUCGCCCUAUGAAAAUCCCUCACCCACGGGGGCUCAAAGUCCUGUUCAUAGCGGACCCAGACAGAGGACUAGGGAGAAUGGCUCUUCCUCCAGCUGCACCUUUGAACAGACGGCCAAGCCUGCCUUUGUCAGACAGAGCUCCAGGACUCUAUCUUUUAGGAUGAUCAAGAAGAAAGAAGAGGAGAGUUCACCGCUGCAGAGGAGUGCGAGUGUGAGAAUGACCACUAAGACGUCUGGAUCCAACACGGACCAAAAUGAAGAUGAAGACAAUACAUCACCUUUUCUGAGAAACUCUAGGCAGAGGAUUUCAUCCAGAUCCAUCCAGGAGAAGAUGGAGAGACUGGCUCAGGCUGCACAGAAGUCCGAAAUAAUACGAUCUCCAGAUGUGGCCCAGAGGACCUUGUUCUUGCUGGACGAGGUGUCCAGGAAGCGAGGCAUCUUUGAGAAGGAGCAGCAGGCAGUGACUCCUACCAGCCCGGGAAUUUCCAGACAGGAAUUUAGGAGCUUCACAUCAGGAAUGUCAGACCGGAUCAACCGCUGGAUCAACAAGACCAACCAAACUGGGUCUUCCCACAAUCCUACUGAGCUGAGACAUGUGGACAUCAGUGGUAAAAGAAGCCUGUUUGAGAACAAAGGGAAGGCCAGUGCCUCAAAAGCCAGUGCUGGAAAAACCUUCAAGUAGAGGAUGUCUAUUUAUAAUGUCCAGCUGGACUAAGAACACAGUGAGAUGAAGAGAACUGGAAGAUUAAUGGAUGCUAUGACUGACUGACUAUUUCUUCAAGUUUGUUUUUUUUCUUCACUGCUAAAGCACACAGGAACCGACAGGAGAAACAGAGAAGAAGGAGAUUUGACUUGUAGCUUUAGAGAACUGAAAAGGAGGAUUCUGCUUUUAAAGUUAGGAGGCUUCAAUCAUAUACUUUUGCAUCAAUUUGUGAAGUGUGACCUUUUUCAAACAUUUAAACACGAGGAUAAUGUUUUGACACUGUUUAUGAGGAAAAAAAUAAAAGCAAAAUACACAUGGGAAAGUAAUAAAAAUGUGUUUUACUUAAAUGUAAUUUUCAAGCACUUUAAACAGGUGAUGGUCUUAAGGCUAAUGAUAUGUUUAUUGAAUUACAAGGGUUGGAAGUCUGGAGUUGUAAUUGUACUUUUUUUUUGUCUAAUCUGCCAAAACACAAUGCUUGUUUUGUGAGUCUUUGUGGGCAAGAUGCUGCCUG